AUGGCAGAGUCCCUCGCAAUAGCCGCGAGCGAGGCCACUGGAGCCGCCCAGCCGACGGCGGUGACGGCGGCGGCCAGCUCGCAGCAUUCGCAGCGCUCGCUCGACCUGGAGUUUGCGACGACGAUGCAAGCAGUAGAAGUUGCCUUGGCCAGCGCCCCACGAACGAUGCGCAUUCGUGGUGAGCAAUGGGCACAGAGGCUGCAGCUGAUGGCAAGCGUGACGCAACCCUUGUUCCAGAAAGACCGAAAUCUGCAUGCUGAUCUCUUGUUGAAGUGCAUCCAGGAGCAGGCUUGGACAGAGCCAUUGGACAAGCAUCCGCCAGAAGGGCCGCUCCCAUGUCUACCAAGGCACGUGGCCUGCUCUUUGCGUAAGGCUCGUGCCGAGCGCUUGAGGGCCAGCCGGAGCCAAGGAUGCGCAGAGGUGCAAAGACCGUCGGAUAGCUUGGCCAUGGCUGCUGCAGCUGCUGUGUCGGGCAAGCCGGAGGCCCGCAGCAGCGUGGGCUUGGGGAUGCCCGAGGUCUCGGUGGCCGCGCCGCCGGCCUACGCCGCCCUUGCAGCGCGAGUUGCACAUCUCGAGCUCCAAAACAAGCAGCUUCGCCGGCAACUGCUCGAGGCCCGAAACCGCCCUGGCCCUGAAGCGCGCCCGCGGACACCGCGCCCGCGGACACCGCGCCCAACACUGCGCCCUGCCUCGCCGGCACCGUCGGCACACUCCGCCCGCGGGGCCUUUGCAGCUCCAGCUCCGCCGCAUUCGGAGGCCCCAUGCAAGGCGCCCUUGGCAGCGGCCCACGCCACGGCGGCCCAUUCAACGACUGCAGCGGCUCACGCGGCGGAUCCUCCAGCUCGAGUUCGAGCUGAGGUUCAAGGGCCAGUAAGUGCUCCGGGGCCUCCUCCGCCUGAAGGUGACACGGAGGCUUUCCUGAGAUAUCUUGAUGCAUUUCAGAAUUAUGCAGGCUCACUUUUUGCGCCAAAGCUUGAUUCGUAA